AUGGCGCGGUUUGGAGAUGAGGUACCGGCCAGGUAUGGCGGAGGGCCCGGCGGAGGGGGCCAGGGUGGCCGCGGUGGUAGCAGGCAAGGAGGACCCCACGGACACGUUCAUGGACACGGACACGGCCAUGGCCACGGUGCACCCGGAGGGCCCGGGGUCCAGAGAGUGUACAAGCAGUCUAUGGCGCAGAGAGCCCGGACUAUGGCCCUCUAUAACCCCAUCCCCGUGCGCCAGAACUGUUUCACUGUCAACCGCUCGCUGUUCAUUUUCAGUGAGGAUAACUUCAUCAGAAAAUACGCCAAAAAGAUCACCGAAUGGCCUCCAUUUGAGUGGAUGAUUCUCGCCACCAUCAUUGCCAACUGCAUUGUCUUGGCUCUGGAGCAACAUUUGCCUGUUGGGGACAAGACGCCGCUGUCUGAGCGCCUGGAUGAUACAGAGCCGUACUUCAUUGGGAUCUUCUGUUUUGAGUCUGGAAUAAAGAUCCUGGCGCUCGGUUUCGCCUUCCACAAGAACUCCUACCUGAGGAAUGGUUGGAACGUCAUGGACUUUGUGGUGGUGUGCACAGGGAUCCUGUCCACUAUAGGCUCAGAUUUCGACUUGCGGACCCUCAGGGCUGUGCGAGUAUUGAGGCCCCUCAAACUGGUGUCCGGUAUUCCCAGCUUACAGGUGGUGCUCAAAUCCAUCAUGAAGGCCAUGAUUCCUCUGCUGCAGAUUGGCAUGCUUCUUUUCUUCGCCAUCCUCAUGUUCGCCAUCAUCGGCCUGGAGUUCUACAUGGGCAAAUUCCACACAACAUGCUAUGACAAUCACACAGGUGAGAUGAGAGAAGAGUUUCCAUGUGGGACAGAGCUUCCGUCGCGGCUGUGUCCAGAGGGCACCUUGUGUCGAAGGUACUGGACGGGACCAAACUACGGCAUCACCCAGUUUGACAACAUCCUGUUUGCUAUCCUCACCGUCUUCCAGUGUAUCACCAUGGAGGGCUGGACUGACCUGCUCUACUAUAGCAACGAUGCCUCAGGGAGUGCAUGGAACUGGAUGUACUUCAUCCCCCUCAUCAUCAUCGGCUCCUUCUUCAUGCUCAACCUGGUGCUGGGUGUGUUGUCAGGGGAGUUUGCCAAAGAGAGAGAGCGUGUGGAGAACAGGAGUGAGUUCCUGAAGCUCAGAAGACAGCAGCAGAUAGAAAGGGAACUCAACGGAUAUCUGGAGUGGAUCUGCAAAGCUGAGGAGGUCAUCUUGGCGGAUGAUGACAAUGUCACGGCUUAUGAUGGUUCUCGUAGAAGAGCCACAAAGAACCAUAAGAGCAAAGCUGAGCUGCUGAACCCAGAGGAAGGGGAGGGAGACCUGGCAGUGGGGUCACCGUUUGCCCGGGCCAGCUUGAAGAGCUCCAAGCUGGAAGGAUCAGAUUUCAAGCGGCGAGAGCGACGGCUACGCUUCCUCAUCCGACACGCCGUCAAGUCGCAGGCCUUCUACUGGACCGUGCUGUGCUUGGUCGGGCUCAACACUAUGUGUGUGGCUGUAGUGCACUACGACCAGCCGGAGCCUCUGUCAGAUUUUUUAUAUUUUGCUGAAUUAAUCUUCCUGGCGAUAUUCUUGACAGAGAUGUUUAUAAAGAUGUACGGCCUUGGCAAACAGGCCUACCUCAACUCCUCCUUCAAUUGCUUCGACUGCAUUGUGAUAUGUGGUAGUAUAUUUGAAGUGCUGUGGUCCAUCAUCCAGCCGGGCACGUCGUUUGGCAUCAGCGUGCUUCGAGCUCUCAGGUUAUUGAGGAUUUUCAAAGUCACCAAGUACUGGAAAUCUUUGCGCAAUCUUGUCGUCUCACUGCUCAACUCUAUGAAGUCCAUCAUCAGCUUGCUCUUCCUGCUCUUCCUCUUCAUAGUUGUCUUCGCCCUGCUGGGCAUGCAGCUCUUCGGAGGACAGUUUAAUUUUGACACUGGCACUCCUCCGACCAACUUUGACACCUUCCCCGCAGCAAUAAUGACGGUGUUCCAGAUCCUGACCGGUGAGGACUGGAACAUGGUGAUGUACGAUGGCAUCGAGUCUCAGGGCGGAGUCAACAAGGGCAUGGGCUUCUCCAUCUUCUUCAUCGUGCUCACACUUUUCGGCAACUACACUCUGCUGAAUGUGUUCUUGGCCAUCGCUGUGGACAAUUUAGCCAACGCACAGGAACUGACCAAGGACGAACAGGACGAAGAGGCGGCUAACACUAAGAAGCUGGCCCUGCAGAAAGCCAAGGAGGUGGCUGAAGUCAGCCCAAUGUCUGCCGCCAACCUCUCCAUCGCAGCCAACAAAGUACACAGUGAGUGUCACAACGCUACCGACCCCUUUCUGGACUGUAAGGAGCAGCAGAAGAACAACAAGGGGGGAAUCAACAAGUCGGUGUGGGAACAACGCACCAAGGAGCUGAGGAGGCAGACGCUGGUGACCAGCCGCGAGGCUCUCUACAACGAGCUGGACACUGAGGAGCGCUGGAAGGCAAGCGGAGGGAGGGAGGAGCAAAACAAUGUGAACUUCGCACGUAACUCCCGCCCAGACAUGAAGACCCACCUGGAUCGUCCGCUGGUUGUCGACCCCCAUGAGAACCGCAACAACAACACUAACAAGACCACAGCAAACAAUUCAGACCUCUGCUUCAGCCAGCACCAUCCUGCCGACGAGCUCCACAGACAGACACGCCUCCACGAACACGUUGGCCAGGUGGGAGGAGUCGGAGGAGGGGGCUCUGGGACGGCGAGGCCUCCCCUGGAGCGCGGCGAGUCCUCGGAGAGCAGGCGCAGUCGUAAAAGCGAGCAUCACCACCACUCCUCUCAUGUCCGACUGGAUGCCACGGUGAUUCCCGGGCCCGGCUCGGAGGACAGGCCUGCCCGGCGCCAUCACCACACCCGGAGCGGCAGUCGAGGCGCGGGACAGUCGGAACACAGGAAGCCCAGGUCACAUCGGAAAAAUGCAGAGGAGGGCGAGGAGGGUGGCGGAGGAGCGGGGAAAACAGGGAGACAUAAGAGCAGAGGGGUGGAGGGAGGUGGAGAAGGAGGAGAGCAGGAAGGAGCUGGGGAAGGCAGUGAGAGGAGGCCAAGAAGAAAUCGCCAUGGAAACCAGACGGACGGCGAGGGGAAGAGGAUGUGCCAGCACAGAAGGAAGGAGUGCAGUGUCCCUAACCUCUCCACCACGCGGCCCAUUCAGAAGAGCCUCCCCCGGCAGGACAGCCAGUACAGCGAGGACAUGGACAAUCUCAUGAACACCAAACUGGUCUCCGGCUCCACCCCACCCGGCGAUGUUCACCCUAACCCCCUCGCCCACCACCCUGCGGCCCCAGGCUUUGGAUCCGCCCUCCAUCUUGCAAACAGUAGCACUCACGGGAGUUUGGUGACAUUAGAUAGCUACGGGAGCAUCGCCCAUCAUCGUACCAACAGUGUCCUCAGGGUGCCUCACCCUGACUACACAGCUCUAGACAUGCCUAUUUUUCCAUCCACCAAUGCCAUACUGCAAGUCAAUAAGAAUGCCAACACGGAGCCACUGCCAGCGAAAGAGGAUAAGGACGAUGAUGAUGAUGAGAAGAGAGGUGAAGGAGGACCCAGGCCCAUGCCUCCUUUCAGCUCCAUGUUCAUCCUGUCCACCACCAACCCGUUUCGGCGUGCCUGUCACUACGUUUGCACCCUGCGAUAUUUUGAGAUGACCAUCCUGCUGGUCAUUGCCAUGAGCAGCAUCGCGCUGGCUGCUGAAGACCCCGUGUGGCCCGAAUCCCCCCGCAACAAUGUCCUACGCUAUUUUGACUACGUCUUCACAGGAGUAUUCACAUUUGAGAUGCUGAUUAAGAUGGUGGAUUUGGGCCUGGUCUUACACCAGGGCUCUUAUUUCCGGGACUUGUGGAACAUCCUUGACUUUAUAGUGGUUAGUGGUGCUCUGGUGGCCUUCGCCUUCACGGGAAGCAGUAAGGGAAAAGACAUCAGCACCAUCAAGUCUCUGAGGGUGCUGAGAGUGUUACGACCUCUGAAGACCAUCAAACGUCUUCCCAAACUCAAGGCUGUCUUUGACUGUGUGGUGAACUCUCUGAAGAAUGUGCUCAACAUCCUGAUUGUCUACUUACUCUUCAUGUUCAUCUUUGCUGUGGUGGCCGUGCAGCUGUUCAAGGGACGCUUCUUUUACUGCACUGACGAAUCCAAAGAGUUUGAGCGCGAUUGCAGGGGCGAAUAUCUGGUGUAUCAAGGCGUUAACGAAGUGAAGGCGCAGAAGCGGGAGUGGAAGAAGUACGAUUUCCACUACGACAACGUGGCUUGGGCCCUACUCACCCUCUUCACCGUGUCUACCGGAGAGGGGUGGCCGCAGGUGCUGAAACAUUCAGUGGAUGCGACUUAUGAGAACCAGGGCCCGAGCCCGGGGUACCGGAUGGAAAUGUCCAUCUUUUACGUGGUGUACUUCGUGGUCUUCCCCUUCUUCUUCGUCAACAUAUUCGUGGCUCUAAUCAUCAUCACUUUCCAAGAGCAAGGAGAUAAGAUGAUGGAGGACUAUAGUUUAGAAAAAAAUGAGAGAGCCUGUAUAGAUUUUGCCAUCAACGCCAGACCUCUGACACGCCACAUGCCUAAGAACAAGCUGAGCUUCCAAUACAGAAUGUGGGAGUUUGUGGUGUCGCCGCCAUUUGAAUACACUAUAAUGGCAAUGAUCGCGCUCAACACCGUCGUGCUAAUGAUGAAGUAUGAUGGAGCUUCUGAUACAUAUGAAGCUGUGUUAGCCAACCUGAACAUAGUGUUUACCUCGCUCUUCUCCAUGGAGUGUGUUCUCAAGAUUAUCGCCUUUGGAGUACUGAAUUAUUUCAAAGAUGCCUGGAAUAUUUUUGACUGUGUCACAGUUCUGGGCAGCGUUACCGACAUCCUGGUUACGGAGCUUGGGAUGAAUAAUUUCAUCAACCUGAGUUUCCUGAGGCUGUUCAGGGCAGCUCGUCUCAUCAAGCUGCUGAGGCAGGGAGAAACCAUUCGCAUCCUGCUCUGGACCUUCGUUCAGUCCUUCAAGGCGCUGCCUUAUGUCUGCCUCCUCAUCGCCAUGCUGUUCUUCAUUUACGCCAUCAUUGGCAUGCAGCUGUUUGGGAAUAUCGCUAUUGAUGAAGAAGGAGAGAGUGCCAUCAACCCGCACAACAACUUCCAGACCUUCGUAAUGGCUCUCAUGCUGCUCUUCAGGAGUGCGACGGGGGAGGCGUGGCAUGAGAUCAUGCUGUCGUGUCUGGGCAGCAAGGAGUGCGACCCCCUGACAGGAAAUCCAGAGCCAGAGUGUGGCAGCCAGUUUGCUUACCUCUACUUUGUCUCUUUCAUCUUCUUCUGUUCAUUCUUGAUGCUGAAUCUGUUUGUCGCCGUCAUCAUGGACAACUUUGAGUACCUGACGCGAGAUUCCUCCAUUCUGGGACCUCACCACCUGGAUGAGUAUGUCAGGAUAUGGGCCGAGUAUGAUCCUGCUGCCUGCGGGCGCAUUCAUUAUAAGGACAUGUACAGUUUAUUGCGAGUUAUCGACCCGCCUCUCGGCUUAGGAAAGAAAUGCCCCCAUAGGGUGGCCUGCAAGAGGCUGCUCCGUAUGGAUCUGCCUGUUGCCGAUGACAACACGGUCCACUUCAACUCCACUCUCAUGGCCUUGAUCCGCACGGCACUGGACAUCAAGAUCGCCAAGGGUGCAGAAGGUGGGGUUGACAAGCACCAGAUGGACGCCGAGCUGAGGAAAGAGAUGAUGGCGAUCUGGCCCAACCUCUCGCAGAAGACUCUAGAUUUGCUGGUUACGCCGCACAAGUCAGCCACAGACCUGACAGUUGGGAAAAUCUAUGCUGCCAUGAUGAUCAUGGAGUACUACCGGCAGAGCAAGAUCAAGCGCUCCCAGGCACUUCGUGAUGAGCAGAAUCGAACGCCAUUACUGUUUCAGCGCGUGGAGCCACCUUCCCCAGGCCAGGAUGGGGGUCCGGGACUUAACAACGCCCUCCCUCCACCUGAGACGACAGAGACGGUCAACGGCCUGACGGUACAGGGGGGGAUCCCGGCGAGCCAAUCGUGGGUGACGGCUCGUGCUCAGGAGAUGUCCCAAAAAGCAGGCAGCUGGAGCCCUGAGGGACACCCUGAGGACAGCCUGGGGAGCAUGAGCAACUCUCAGACGGUAGAGAUGAGAGAGAUGGGGCAGGAUGGUUACUCGGAUACUGAGCACUUUCCACCAAUGGAAGGCCAUGGCAGGGCCGCUUCCAUGCCCCGCCUCCCAGGCGACAACCAAACCAUAAAUGACACCAGUCCCAUGAAGCGCUCGGCCUCGUCGCUGGGCCACAGCAGGUCCGGCCGGGGUCACAGAGACAAAGGAGACGACUACAACAUGGAGUGUGUGCCUGAGGAGGAGAGGACUUCCCGGCAUGGACACCGGCGAAAAGACCGGGGUCACCGGGCCUCCGAGAGGUCGCUCUGUCCGCAUACAACAGAGGCUGACACAGGCCUGGGCACGGACCUGAGCACGACCACGCAGUCCGGGGACCUCACGGCCAAAGACAAGGACCGCGACAGAGACCGCGGCCGGUCCAAAGACCGUAAGCACCACCACCACCAUCACCACCACCACGGCUCCGUGGACAAGGAGCGCUAUGUAGCAGAGCGAGGGGGCGAGUACGGACACAGGCACUCCCGCGAAAGAGAGCUUGAGGACAGGGACAGGGAGAGAGAGAGGGACCGGCGCUGGUCUCGAUCGCCCAGCGAGGGUCGUGAGGGUCACGAGGGUCACGAGGGUCGCGAGGGUCGGGACGGCUUGACGCACAGACAGGGCAGUAGUUCGGUCAGUGGAAGUCCCGUCCCCUCUACGUCGGGGACCAGUACGCCACGUCGCGGCCGCCGACAGUUGCCUCAGACCCCCGCAACCCCCCGGCCUCAUGUCACCUACUCCCCUGUGGUCCGUAAGGCCAUGCCCACAGCACCUGGGGGGCCCCAGGCCCGCCCCCCCGCUCCUGCCCCUCGGCACUUUUCUCCCGAGCCUCCUCAAGGCCAGGGCCCCCCCCCCUCUGUCCUCCCUCCAGCCCACCAUGGCAUAUCCCGCCAGGGUCAUCACCCCCCGCCUCGCUGGGGGGACACGGGUGGAGGAGGGGGCUCCAUGGAAGGGGACGGCUGCUUCUACAACCAGGACUAUGACCCCCACCAUGAACCCCCUGCUUACGAGCAGAACCCCAUGCAGGGUGGCAACCCGCACCCCCACCCUCAACCUCAUGCCCUGGCCAACCACCCACUGCCGCCUCCCCCACAACAACAGCAACAUAACCCCCAUCCACUGCCUCCACCCCAGCCCCACCCAGUAAACAACCCCCACCCUCAUCCCCCGCCCCACCAGCAGCCCAGUCGCACCUCCCCCAGGACUGUCGGCCAUGCACCCCCCCCCACCACGGCCCUGACGGGGCCUGUGCAGGGCCAGAUGCAGCCUGCUGUCCAGCGGCGCCUACCCAACGGAUACCGCUCUUCAUCUCCGUCCAAACAUAUCCAUGGACCCCCACACACGGGGCCUCACAAGGUCCCCCCUCCACCCGGGCAUCCCAAAGGUCCCCGCAAGGGCCUGCAUGAACCCUACAGUGAGAAGGAGGACGACGACUGGUGCUAGCCUCUGGGGAUGGGUGAGGGGCGUACGGAGGAAAAAUAACUGAUAGAUGGACGGACAAAUGGAAACGGGAAGCUCCGAGCGAGAGCUCUGACUGCCAAGGGAAACCAUGAUUCCUUCUUUCUUGCCUGUUCAAUUUUUUUCUCCCCUCCACUGCUUGGCAUGUCCCAGUGAUGCUGGGCUGGGUGGAGGGAAAGGUGUCAGGAUGAAGGGGUGGAACAACAAUGCAGAGGCAGGACCAGUAGAAGUGGAACACCACCUCCACGUUCUGCUCGCAUUGUUGUAGCAUUCAUUUGUUGAUGCCAAAUAAGACCAACCUCAAACUGCAGGAUGCAAGCAGCCGGGGUGACUACACUAGUCUGUGUGUGUCUUAAAUGCUGCCUCCGGCAACGAUCUACAGCCACUUACAAGAUGUCAAGAGUUGCGACUCGACAAAAGACACUUUACAGUCAGAGACAAAAGAACGACCACUGUUUUCUUUUCUUUUGCUUCUCAAAGCCAACUUCAGUUAAGUUAGCUGCAAAAAGAAUCAAACCCAACCCUCCCAGCCACAAGUUGAAUAUUGAUGAGUUUUAUCAUCUGUGUUUUUAAAUAAGAACCAAACUGACAAUGAGCCCUCCACCUGUGUGAGGUGCGGAGGCUGCGUGGGUGGGAGAGUUGGGGAUUGUUGCACGGGGGUGGGGGGGUUGACGAGUCCCUGGUCAAAAUGUAGAGGAAAGGAUGGGUGUGUUUGGGAUGUUUCCUCCUCCCAGAAACAAACAAUUGAACCAACCUCAACCCAUGACCUAUGAGAGAAGAAAAACAAAAGCGUGGAGAUGGGUUUCAGAAACAAAAAACAAACCAAUAACUGUUUUCUGCAGUAUUUCUUCUUCUAUUCCUGCUUCUUCUUCCUCCUUCUCUUCUACUUCUUCAAAACAUUGAAGCUUGAAUCUUCUGUUGCACCCAACACAGCUUCGUUUUUUAGACUUGCGGAGUUGUACACCCUGUGGAAUCCUGCAUGAAUGAUACAAAAAAUAAUAAUAAUAGCAACAAUGAGAAUCUACUGUAUGUGGGGGGGGAACUCUACUUGGUCCUUUCUGUUGUGGUCUGCAGGGUUUCUCUCUUUUUUUUGGAAGUAAACAUGCCUUUCUGUUUCUCUCCGUCUCCUCUGUAUGACAUUACUCUUCCUGUACCUUCAUUUACACUGAAAUCAAGUGAAAGAAGGCGAUAGGGAGAUUUGAUAGUUACUGUAUGUUUAUCCAGAAGGAACAAAAGUAUUACUUUUUGCUUGCUUGUCUGUAUGUCCUGUGUCAGAUGCCUGCCACUGAUACAGAUGGAAUUGCACAUACUUUUUUGUGGAAGUAACUUUUUGUAACUACGCUGAUAAAAACGAUAUAACGGGAAGCAGGGUAACGUUGAUAAGAGAUGUGGGGUCCAAUAUUGGUGAACAAGUCAGUAACAUCUCAAAGUCUUCCAGGGUUUGGGCUUAAAAGAACAUGCGAGAGGAAGAGACCAAUAGAAAGGCAAGGGAAAGGAGAGAAACUCUUCAUCUUAGUUUUCUGUUAUCGACCGUCAUGAUGGACAAUCUGAUGAUAUAGUGACUUCUAAUGAUCAUGUCGAUCGUGAUAAUGAGACAGAUUCUCCAUUUUGGGUCUGUUUUUUUCUGUUCUGUUUGAUUUUGAGCUCAGCUACUCAUUUUUCCAACCCUAAGGUGGAGCUCUAACCCACAGUUGCAUCGUGGGAGAAUGAGUCUGCAGGUGGGAAAACAUGAAGAGUCACUCUUUAUAAGACUAUAUAGAAUUUCAACCGUGCGUGGGUUAAUUUGAUUUAGAGCGCCCUAAGAAUUGGCCAAACACAGCAGUUGCCUCCAGGUUUCUGCAGUGGAAUAAAAAGAAGUCUCCUGCAGAUGCGAAAGAGUUCCACCACCGCUUGUGACCUUCAGGUGGCGCUGUAUGACUGUGUGUUUUUUUUUACCUCUCCUUUGACUUCAUUUCUGAUUCGGAGUCGAUGCACCAAGUAUACAGUUUAGCUCAUUCUCUCACUCGUGUUGCACAGUGCAGGCGGGUUGGAGAAAAGAUGUGUGGGCCUCGUCAUGGUCCCUGAAAAACAUCUAUGUUCUGUGUGUAAUCACUCCUGUAUAUCUUUAGUUUAUUUCUUUGUGUUUCUCUGUGUGCCUCAAACUAACACGUGUCACUAAUGCACACCACUGUCAGCCCCAACAUUGUUAUUAUUAUUAUUAUUAUGAUUCUGUUCAUUCAUUUAACGUUUUUUAACCUGGAGGCCUAUCACAUGUUGACCAGAGAAUGCACCGAAAAAAUUGAAAAGAAAAAAACUGCCUAUUAGUGUCUUUCCAACCUCAGUGGAAUGUCACAGACAAGUAUUCUUUCACAUCACUACACGUAAAAUCAGAAAGCACACUAAGUAUGUAGCUCCUGGUUGUGGUGUGUGUGUGUGUGUGUGUGUGUGUGUAAGUGGGUUUUUUGCGCGUGUGUGUGUGUGUGUACAUGAGUGAGUGUGUUUCAGAUCAAAUGUUUGAUGUUUUGUUUUUGUGCUUGCUUUGCUUUCUAUUCUUUGUCUCCAGAAAUCCUUUAAAAAAAUGUUUUAGUCAACAUUGUAUCAAAUUUCCGACUCUGUGUGUGCAUAUGUGUGUAUGCAUGUAUGUGUGUGAUGUCAGUAAACCCCUGAAUGAAACAGGCAUAGCCCCAAACAUUCACCAUCCAUCUUUGUGUCUAUGCUGCAGUGAAAUCCACUAACACGCUGAUUAACCACACAAAGUCUUCAAAAAGCAAUGUAAAGCCGCUACUGAGAAAAAAAGAGUUUUUUAAGUACAAAAGGUUAAAAAAAAAAAGGAAAAAAUAUCUAGUUCCAGAAAUGCAUGUGCUAUGUGCAUGCCACACCGUGGGUUAACAGUCAUCUUCAGGACAUAAAAGAAAAAGCAGAUUAAAGAAUUCAGAGGAAUUUAAAAAAAAGAUAUAUAAAUAGAUAGAUGUUUUUAAAAAGCAACGUUUCCUUUUUUUCCUUCUAUUUUUGAGAACAAAAAAGGUUAAAAAUUACAAAAAAAAAAUGUCUAAAGAAUUUAAAAAAACACAAGAGACUUUGGUGAGAGUUUGUUUUCUUCUGUUACAUGGGGUUGAGGCACAUCACGAAAAAAAAGAACUGUUUUUAAAAAAAAUAUUCAAAGAAAAGAAAGUACAGUUCAGAAGACAGUAUUCUCCCUUCUACUUUGUGUGGGGGGUCAGGGGGUACAGGAGCUAGCCAAAUCUGAUGAUGUCCUCAUUAUGAAUGGCUGUGGAAAACUUUGAUCUCUCACUCACUCCCUCUUUUUUCUCUCUCUCUAACUCUGUCUCUCUCACACUCUUAUCUGUCGCACUCUCAAACUGUCUCACCGCUAUUUCUACCAGUGCAUUUUGUAAUUCUAAACAGAACUCUUCCUAAAGAAUAAAAUCCAGAGAGAAUGCA